ACGUUAGAAAGCCUUCAGCAAACGUAUAAAAACCUGAAGAAAAAGGCAAAAAAGACUGCCUCUGACAAGAAGAUGGGUAUUCCAGUGGAUAGCGCCACUUUGGUGCUAAACCUUGAAGAGUAUGGUAGUGACUGGGGCAAAGUUGCUGCAAAUACAGGUGCUAGCGAAACUUCGUGUAAAGACAUGUUCGCAGCAUUAAAGAAAGAAGCAAGAAAAAGUGAUACAAAUUUGAAAAGAAAUAUUAUGGGUACAGUAGGUGGGCCACCACCUAACAUUGAAAAUGAUCCAGUUUUGGAAAAAGUCAAAGUCCUUGCUGGACCGGUAAUGGAUGGUGUUUACACAAUUUAUGACGGAGACCGCAGUCUUAUGGCAACCCAAAAUGUACCACCAAUAGAACUUCAGAACAUGAGAUCAGAUUCUACAUUAUUGGAUUCCUAUAUGCAAGAAACUGAAGAUAAUUAUGAUUUCCAGAACGAGACAUAUUUUGCUAAUGACAAAACAAAUACUAAGAAAAAAACACACAAUUUAUUGACUUCUUCUACAAUAACUGAUCCGGUUAUUCAAGAGAAUCCAGAUCAAGUUGAUUGCCAGGAUGAGACAUAUUUUACUAAUGACAGAGCGAAUUUGAAGAAAAAGCCACACCAUUUAUUGACUCGAAAACGGAAACCAGAUGCUCAAAAUAAACAGACUGUAGCUGACAAAUUUAAACUACUUGCUGCAGAAAAAGUUGAGUUACUGGAGCUGCAAAAGGAGUUGGUUAGGAGUCAAUUAGAUGAGCAACAAAAACAAGCAGAACAUAACCAGACAUUGAGAGAAAUGGAGGCAGAAGAUGCAAAAAAAAAUACUUACAUAAUGAUAAACUUAGAGAAAUGGAGAUGGAGGAAAUGAAGAGGAGAUAUGUAUUUAAUGAAAAAAUGAGGCAAUAUUAAUCUCUAAUCGUCCAACUUUCAUACCUAUAUGAUCUAUAUGUGACUGUGCACGGGAAAACGUCCCACUUUGUCAAUUGCUAUAAAGCCGCACGCCGUUCUGACGUCAGGUUGGCGCGCAUAGCCGUGUAUCGCCCCAACGUGUGGGAACUCGAACUAUAGAGACAUUGAACCCCGCUCGGGAAGGUCAU